AUGGAUAAUUAGAACGAUUUAUUUUAGAGUAGCUCCAAUGAAGCAUUUGAAUUUAAUGCAUAAGCCUUAUAAAAAUUGUUAACUAAUGCUGAAUAAUAGUAUUAUAAAAAUAAAUUUUUAGAUAUUAGUUUGAUAAUUAGAAUUCAUCAUAAUAAAUAUAAGAAGGAAUUAAUGAAGUAUUAAUUCCAAACGAACCAAAAGCUAUGGUACCAAUUACUCUUACAAAUUCUUAAAGGACAGGAUUCAAAGAUUAAAAAAGUACUUAAUUAUUAAACUCUAAUAAAAAUUUAGUAUAAUCUCUAAAUGGAUAAUAAAUCCCAAUUUAAUAAUAACAAUAAAUUUAAUAAUAACAACAAUAAUAGUUUAUUUAAUAAAUUCCAUUAAGUUAGUAAUAUCAAUCCAAUAAUAAUAGGGCUAAUUAAGACAUUUUUAAUAUUUAAUAACAAGUUCCUCAAUAAUAAUAAUAGAGUUAAGGUUAAUUAGGAAAAGUUUAGAAUUAUGUUAAUAAUUUAUUUGGAAAUGAUCCUCAAUAAUAAUUUAAAUAUGAACCCACCAAUAAUUUUAAUGAUGAUGAUGAUAUAUUAAAGUAAUAUCAAAAAUAAGAUGAAUUGCAAAUAAAUAUUGAAGAAAUGAUUGAAUUAAAAGUUUAAGCACAAUAUGAUUAUUGUAAACUAAAAAAAUCAGAAAAAUAAAUAUUACCAGCUAUGGUAAGUAUCAUAACAAAAGAUAUUGAAUAAUAUGCUAAAAAUAACUAAUCAAUUGAAGCUGGUAUUGAUUUAUUAUGUGUUAUUGAUAAAAGUGGAAGUAUGGAGGGAAAAAAAAUUAGAAGUGUUCAACAAUCUGUUAUCUAAUUAUUAAAUUUCCUUAGUGAGAAGGACAGAUUAUGUUUAAUAGUAUUUGAUGGAGGAGCUCAAAGACAUACUCCAUUAAAGACAUUAACAAAAGAGAAUAAAAAAUAUUUUUAAAACGCCAUAGUAGCUAUCACAGCUGGAGGAUCAACUAAUAUAGCAGCAGGAACUAAAAUUGCAUUUUAGCAAAUCUAAUAAAGAAAAAUGAAAAAUUAAGUGACUUCCAUAUUUUUAUUGUCAGAUGGUUAAGAUCCAGGGGCAGCUUCAGUUAUAAAAAGAUAGAAGGAUAAAAUUGAAGAUGUAGUUACAAUCCAUUCAUUUGGAUAUGGAAAUGAUCAUGAUGCUGCUUUAAUGUCAAGUAUUUGCAAAAUAGGAUAAGGAAGUUUUUAUUAUAUUGAAGAUGUGAAAUUGUUAGAUGAAUUCUUUGCAGAUGCUUUAGGUAGAUUAUCCUCUGCAUUAGCAGAAAAUGUUUAAAUUGAGAUUAAAUGUGCUCCUUAAGCACCCUAUUAAGAUAUUAAAAUAUAAAAAACAUAUGGUGAUAUGUGGAAACUUAUUGAAUAAGAUAGAUCUUAUAAAAUUAAUAUACCAUAAAUUGCUUCAGAUUCUAGAAAAGAUUUUGUUUUUGAAAUUGUACUACCACCUUUUACAAAAUAAAUUCUUGAUGAAUAAAGAGUUCCUUAAGUUGUUCAGGCUUGUUUGUCAUUCAAAAAUACAUUUUCAAAAAAAGUAUAUUAAAAAGUUUCAGUUUUAUAACUAAAAUUAUAUAAUGAAGAUGAAUAAAUUGGUGAAAAUGAUCCUAAUCCUGAUGUUACUAGAGAAAUCUUACGUGUUUAAUCCACAGAAGCUAUUAAAUAAGCUAGGAUGAAAUGUGAAUUAUCCAAAAAUGAAGAAGCAGAAGAAAUGUUAGAAACAAUGAAAUUACUUAUAUUAUCUGAUUAAAAAAUGUCAGGAGUAUCUGCUUAAGCAAUUAUUGAUAUAGAUUAAGCUAAAAAUGCAAGUAAAAGAUAAAAUUACUCAAAUUUUGGAAUGAAAUAAAUGCAUUAAAUGUUUGUAAACAAUUAUCAAUAAGAGGGAUUGAAUGCUUAAUUUGAUUUAAGCGGUUAAUAACUGUAAUAAGUUGAUUAAGGAAUGUUUUAAAAUAGUAAAUAAUUAAAAAUGGUAAAAGAAGUAUAGAAAAGUAAAUCUUGA